GUACCCCGCAUCGAUCAUGCAGGUACGCGGCAUCUGGACUUUGCGACGCGUCGGCAGAUGACCCAUAAUUUCUACGCCGCCGAACUCUCCGCAACAUCACCUCCUACACUCCGCACUCUACUAUGCCACACGUCGAAGUGCUCCCAAACUCCACGGCGACCGUCGCACCUGGAUGGACUUAUGUCGUCGACACAGGCUACGACCCCUCCAAAGUCGCCAUCAACCCCAAGAACAAGAAGCGCGCUGCCGCAGCAACACCUGGCGGUCAACGGGCAGAAAAUGAACUCUCUGCGCGACAACAGACAGCCAUAGCUCGACGCAUAACAGAACUAGAACGCGACAACGACCCCAAGCAGCUUAUCACGAUACCCGGGAAGCCGAGCGUGCCGAAGACACAAAAUGCAAGGAGGAUCAUACAAUACCAGCGGCAGAUCAAGCAUUGGCUCGACGAUGAAGAGGCGCAAUUAGGGCAAACGACAACUACAUCAAGGGGAAGCGUGUCUCAACCCACAGGAGGAAGGGGAGCCGCACAAGCCUUGCGAAGGCAAAGCACGUUCGCUUCUGUGCCUGCGACGCCAGUAGAAGCAACACCAGGGCCUCCAACAAUAGCGCAAACGCCAUCGCGACUCGAGGAUGCAAAUGCAGACGACGCGCUGCUCUCUAUCGACGACUCCAUACCCGCGCCAUUGAAUCCCGCUGAGCUCGAGGCUCUACUUGCCGCGCCGCCGCUUUCCUACGCUGCAAGCCACGCUGCGCCUCCUCCCACUGGCGGUCCACCUCAGAGACAGUUUUGCGACAACUGCGGAUACUGGGGACAGAUCAAGUGUCGCAAGUGUGGAGCGCGGGUAUGUGGAUUGGAGUGUAAAGACGCGCACGAGGCAACACGGUGCUUGAAGUGGGCAUGAGAACAGAAGGCGACUGAAAAUAGCAUUGCAAUGGCAUUGGUAUGCUUUACGAUACCCAGAUAGUUUGAUCUAUCUACAGAGCAACCUUUUGCUCAAUACACGAAUUCUUCUCCGACGAGCUUCUCACUCAGUUUCCACAGCUUCUCUGGAUCUUCCGGGUUCGUG